AUGUCGGGAACGACAAUUGACGAUGUCGUGAAGCGGCUCAGUAGUCCGGAAACGGAUGCGAGAAUCAAGGUAGAGGCGGCGACUACCUUGCGCGACAGCUUAGACCACUACACGGCCGGUCCCAUAUACCCCCCCUUCCUCAAGCGAUUGGUGCCCAUAUUCAUCGCCAUCCUUCGUGGACCAUGCAUCUUCCAGAGCAACUCUCCGGAGCAGAAACUGCGGAACUGCAUACUGGAGGUCCUUCAUCGACUGCCGACGACACCGUCCCCGACCGAACCCUUCGAACCGUACGCCGAGGAGGUUGUCGACCUGCUGAUGCAACUGGUCCGAACGGACAACGAAGAGAAUGCGACGCUAUGCGUCAAGAUCAUCUCGGAUGUCAUGCGACAUCAACAUAAGGUGCUCGGCGGCAAGGUCCAGGCCUUUCUCAGCCUGAUCCAGGAGCUCUUUGAGCAGAUGGAGAAGGUCGUGCGCGAGCAGCUGGACAACACCUCCAUCUCGAACGCAUCGAGCUCUGGCGCCCCGUCGACGCCAGGCAGCUCCCAAACGAACUUCCAGUCGCCUCGUCCCGGUUCGCCCGUUGCCUCGGUCACAGAUCUCGGCCCGGACCCGCAACAACAAAACAGGCUCCUGCUAAAGGGAAUGCAGUCCUUCAAGGUUCUGUCCGAGUGCCCCAUCAUAGUGGUUUCCGUCUUCCAGGUCUACCGGAACACCGUCGCUGCCAACGUCAAGGCUUUUGUUCCGCUUAUUAAGGGGUUCCUCAGCCUCCAGGCAAGCGCGCAGAAGCAGGCUCAUGCCGAUGCCAAGGCCAGAGGACAGAUCUUCACUGGUGUGAGCCCGUUGAUCAAGAACCGUGCUGCCUUCGGGGAGUUCAUCACGGCUCAGGUUAAGACGAUGAGCUUUCUAGCCUACCUGCUGCGACAAUACUCCCAACAAUUGACCGAUUUCUUGCCAACCCUUCCCGAGAUCGUGGUACGACUCUUGCAGGACUGUCCCAGGGAGAAAUCCAGCGCACGGAAGGAGUUGCUUGUCGCAAUCCGACACAUCAUCAACUUCAACUUCCGCAAGAUCUUUCUGCCAAAGAUCGACGAGCUCCUGGACGAGAAGACAUUAAUCGGCGAUGGACUGACAGUUUACGAGACUAUGAGACCGUUGGCUUAUAGUAUGCUUGCCGAUUUGAUCCACCACGUCCGCGACAGUCUCACCCCGGAGCAGAUCCGCAAGACGGUCGAGGUCUACACGAAAAACCUCCAGGAUAAUUUCCCGGGCACGAGCUUCCAAACCAUGAGCGCUAAGUUGCUCCUGAAUAUGGCGGAAUGCAUCGCGAAAAUGCCCAACAAGGUAGACGCACGGUACUACCUGAUCAUGAUCCUCAACGCAAUCGGCGACAAGUUCGUGGCCAUGAACCGACAAUAUCCCAACGCAGUGAAGCUCUCGAAACUCUACGCCCAGCAGGCCGCUGACGGGACCCAGGACAGCUACCUCGCGGACAAGGAACACCCCCCUGACUGGGACGAGACAGACAUCUUCACAGCCAUGCCGAUCAAGACAUCGAACCCUAGGGACAGGGGCGCUGACCCCGUUGCGGAUAACAAGUUCUUGUUCAAGAACCUGAUGAACGGUCUCAAGAAUACCUUUUAUCAGUUGAGGACAUGCAAUGUUAACAACGUCAUCGAUGUACAGAAUGCUCCAGCACACUGGCAGGAUGUCGCCUAUGGCUUCACGGCUGAGGAGGUCAACGUUAUAGUGAAGCUCUUCCGAGAGGGCGCUUACGUCUUUCGCUACUACGAAAUCGAGAAGCCGGCUACCGAGUCCCAGUAUAUGUCCCCUGUGGAAUACAUGGCCAACUUUUACAUGGUGUCUAGCAGCAAGGAGGAGAAGGAUCUCCUGGAGACGUUCGCCACGGUCUUCCACUGCAUCGACCCGGCGACUUUCCAUGAAGUCUUCCAGCAGGAGAUUCCUCACCUGUACGAUAUGAUUUUCGAGCACACAGCCUUGCUUCACAUCCCCCAGUUUUUCCUCGCCAGCGAAGCGACAUCACCUAGCUUUUGCGGUAUGCUUCUGCGCUUCUUGAUGGAGAGGAUCGACCAAGUCGGUUCGGCGGACGUGAAGAAGUCGUCGAUCCUCUUGAGGCUUUUCAAGCUAGCUUUUAUGGCUGUAACGCUCUUUGCAAACCAAAACGAACAGGUGCUGCUCCCUCACGUCGUGGACAUCGUCACCAAGUCGAUCGAGCUGUCGACUAAAGCAGAGGAGCCGAUGAACUACUUCCUGCUCUUACGGUCGCUGUUCCGAAGCAUCGGUGGCGGCAAGUUUGAGCACCUCUACAAGCAGAUUCUUCCUCUGCUUGAGAUGCUGCUGGAUGUCCUCAACAACCUGCUCUUGGCAGCAAGGAAGCCCGCCGAGCGAGACCUCUACGUGGAGCUGUGCUUGACAGUGCCGGCACGGCUCAGCAACCUGCUGCCCCAUCUCAGUUUCCUCAUGCGGCCCUUGGUUGUCGCUUUACGAGCUGGUACAGAUCUUGUCGGUCAAGGGCUGAGGACUCUGGAGCUCUGUGUUGACAACCUCACCGCGGAUUAUCUCGAUCCCAUUAUGGCUCCGGUGAUCGACGAGUUGAUGACGGCGUUAUUCGAUCACCUCAAGCCACACCCAUACAGCCACUUUCAUGCUCACACCACCAUGCGCAUUCUGGGCAAGCUUGGAGGCCGGAAUCGAAAGUUCAUGACCGACGCGCAACCUCUCAAGUACAAGGAGUAUGCCGACGACCCGACCAGCUUUGAUCUCCGCCUCAUUGGAUCAAAGAGAGACAGGGCCUUCCCGGCAGAGACGGGUGUCGACAUGGCCAUCAGGAAGCUGAUGGAGCAACCGAAGGGCAGCAAGGGCAACCAGUCCCGGCAGUACGACGGAUAUUACAAGAAGCAGUCAUUCAAUUUCAUCAAGUCCCAGCUCAAGAUGCGGAUUGGCUUCGAGAACCUGCCCGACGACCUCCCAAGGCUCCUGCGUCUCCAGGCCCAAGACCUCAUCAGCAGAAAGAUCGAUUUUGACUUUUCUGCGUUCGAAACGUCUGACAAGGAGCGAUCCAUUCCCAAGAAGGACGAGCAGGAUGAUCUUGUUCGGCGCUUGCUGAAGGCAGUCAUGUUUGCCGAAUCCCUGCCAGAGUUCAAGGAAGACGCACAGGCGUUCCUCAUGAACAUCUGCAAGCACUUUACAAUUGUCGAGGUCGGCCGGGCCUUGAUCGACGUCAAGCGGGCCUACAGCCCGUUCGACCCCAAUGCCGGAGAGGGCCCGCUCUUUAUUGAUACCCGGGUACUCUCCGAUGCGAUUGUGGAAUCCUUGGCUUCGGACCACCCUGAAGUGCGAGAGUCUGCGCAACGCGCGAUCCGCGAAGUGUACGACUCUGCGGCCACAAUCUUCGGAUCCCAACACAGUGUUGCCAGGCUGCCCUUCUUCAACAACCUAAGCGCGACCUUCUGCCACGGUUGCUACGAGGAGGAGUGGUUCACCAAGACUGGUGGCUCCCUAGGCAUCAACUUCCUGCUUACUGAGCUGGACCUUGGUGACCAAUGGGUCGCGAGCAAGCAGAUCGAGUUCAUUCGGUCGCUCAUGUACGUCAUCAAGGACAUGCCCCAGGAUCUCCCCGAGAAGACUAGAAGAUCGGCUCAGGUCACCCUGGAGACUUUGCUGCAGAGGAUCACAAAGAACAUCAAGAAGGAGGAUGCAAUGCCCCAGCCAAACCCGGGUCAACCGCCGCAGCAGAGGUCUCGCCUCGCCCAGAUCUGCAUGCAAUUCAACACAGAACUGGCACACAUGAACCGCCACGUUCGAGAGACCGCGAAGCGAUCCCUCGAGUUGAUUGCCAAGGCGGCCAACUGUGCCGUCUGGGAACUGAUCGAACCCUACAAGGAGCGAUUCCUCCAGCCCAUCUACUCCAAGCCUCUCCGCGCGCUCCCGUUCCCUAUUCAGAUAGGCUACAUUGACGCAAUGACUUACCACAUGACUCUGAGAAAGGAGUGGGUUACGUUUGACGACAACUUGACCAGAUUACUUAUGGAGUCUCUGGCCUUGGCCGACGCGAGCGACGAGUCUCUGGCCAACAAGCCAGGGGAGUUCAGGACGCACGAAUACAUUGUCAACCUGCGGGUAGCGUGCAUCAAUAUCCUCAGCACCGCUACCAGCUUUGAGGAGUUCGCCCCCCUCAAGCAAGGGAGCAACCCCACUCGAUCCAAGAUCGUCUCGGUCUUCUUCAAGUGCCUGUACUCGGACUCGAAGGCCACGAUUGACGCUGCCAACAACGCGCUCAAGAACACACUCGAGGCCCACCAAAAGCUUCCCAAGGACUUGCUGCAGGGAGGUCUCAGGCCGGUGCUUGCCAGUCUCCAAGAUCCUAAGAAGCUCACUACUCACGGCCUGGACAACCUCGGCCGGCUUCUGAAGCUCCUUACGACGUACUUCAAGGUGGAGAUCGGAGCGCGUUUGCUCGACCACGUGAAGGUCCUCGCGGACCCCACCGUUCUCCAGCAGCUCUCCUUUACCUUCUUCGAGCAGCAUCCUCAGAUGAGGGUCGUUGCCGCAGUCUUUAACAUCUUCCACCUUUUGCCUCCCCAGGCCGAGGGAUUCAAGCAACGGCUCAUCGACCUGGCUCUGGAGUUGGAGGAGAAACUGCGCCGAACCCACGAAAGCCCCUUCCGCGCGCCCCUGUACAAGUUCAUCAACCGGUAUCCCAACGAGAUCUGGAACUUCCUCCUCCCCAAGAUCGAAGACCUCAAAUAUGGACGCUUUCUUGCUCAGGCUAUCCGCCACCCCGAUAGCGGCCCCCUCAGAGAAGCGGCGGCUUCCAACGUUCAGGCUUUGAUCGACUGCUGCAACAGCACCAUUACGCAGAACAAGGACACAAAGUUCGUCGCCGUCGUCAAUGCCGUCCACAUCCUGUACUCUCUUACCGUGUCGCCCGGUACGGAUAGGUGGCUGGAGAAGAAGGAGCACUUGAACUGGCUGAAGCAGGUUGGCAGGGAGUUGGAAAAGCAAAUGCGAGCUCAUACACUCGCGCCCAACCUCAGACUCCCAGCUUCCCAAGCGUCGGACCAGCUGAUGGCGAUCUUUAUCAAGUCUCUGGAGCGCAACCCCAGAGAUCUCGAAUCACUCUUCAGCCUGGUGGACUCGGUCACGACGGACGACUUCCGCGCUCCGCAGCCUCUGAUCGCCUACAUCUACAAGAACGUCAUCAGCAGCGACUCGCCCGAGUUCUGGAAGGCAACGGUCCUCAGAUGUCUCGACGCGUACCCCCAGAAGAACGUCUCUCAAAAGAUGAAGUGCUUCUUGUUGCAUUACAUUGUCAACCCGAUCGUUGCUAUGGACGUCGAGAGGCACUGGAACCAGCCGCCACAGAGCAAGAGUCGCUUCAUGGACAAGACCAUCAUCGAUGCUGUCACGGCCAAGAUUUGGAAGACGCACCAAGAUACCAGUCAGCACGACGUUGACGAUCUCACACAGCCCGGCAUCGACCACACCAAGUUUGAGGUUCUCCAGCUGUCGGCUAUGCUGGUGAAGUAUCAUUCCGUCAUAUUCCAGGAAGCCAGGAAGGACAUCAUUAAGAGUUGUUGGACCUUCAUUCGAUUGGAUGAUGUCAUCAACAAGCACGCCGCCUACGUUGUCAUUGCAUACUUCAUCGCACUUUAUGAGACCCCGGUUAAGAUCGUGACUCAGGUGUACCUUUCCCUGCUCAGGACGAACCAGAACGAAGGACGGGCGCUAGUUACCCAGGCUCUGGAGCUGGUGGCCCCCGUUCUGCCGAAGCGCUUGGGUACGCAACCCAAUGACCGGAACGCCGGAUGGGCGCUGGCUCCUAGAAAGAUCCUCGCCGACGAGGGCCAGAACAUACAGCAGAUGACCAGCAUCUUCCACUUCCUGGUUAAGCACCCGGACCUUUUCUACGAGUCGAGGGACAAGUACGCUAUGCUCAUCAUCUCAUCGCUGCGUAAGGUUGCGGCGCCUCCCAACCCUUCCAACGAAUCUAAGAAGUUGGCGCUUAACAUGAUGUGGCUUCUUUGGCUUUGGGAGCAACGUCGUGUGGAAGGUAAGGGAGAUGCGGUCCCCCGUUCCAUCUCCGAGUCCCCGACUUCCAGGAAGCGGAAGCUGGACAGCAGCGACCAGCCCAUGUCGUCUCCUCCUGCGGCCAGGCAAAACCCGGAGCGGGCCGAGUACGUUAUCCCGCCUAUUGGCCGUCAGAAGAUGAUCAAGUACUUGGUCGAGUUUAUUGCCCAGCUUAAUGAGCGGUACCAGCUCCCCUCCACACGGGCGAAGGAUUCCGUUUCCACCAACGGCCCCGCCGUGCCGCCUGCGUCCAACGAGCUGUGCAAGAAGGCUAUGAGCUUAUUCUACAACCUCGUCCAGCCCCAGUAUUGGGGCGACCUGGACAUCGAUCUGUUCCCUAACGUCACCGAUGUUGUCCUUGCCAGCGACAAGACUCAGACCAUCCUCUCCGCCGACCCCUCGGACAAGGAGAAGUUCGACGAAAAGUUCAUCACCAAUAUCAUCAAUACUCUCCAGGUUGUCCGCAUAAUCUUGAACUUCAAAUCAGAUGAGUGGAUUGCAAAGAACAUACCAUCGGUCCAGAAAGUCCUGGACAAGUGUCUGAAGAGUGAGAACCCCGAGCUGCAAGACUGCUUGCACCUUGCCGACAAAAAGUACGACGACGGCCGUGAGCUGAAGGCGACCAUCCAGAGAGUCCUUGAUGCUAUCCCCGAGGAUGUUCCGAUGGAGGAUGCCGACGCCGAGGGCGAGACCGAGUCGCAGAACUCGGAGAUCGUCAACUCCUUGUCGUCGAUCGCCGGCGAAGCCAUGGCGGCCGGCCACUACGGAUCUGGAGUCAACAUUCUGUGGUCGUUGGGCAACCGCAAACCCAGCGUCAUUGACCAGCACAUUCCCGUUCUGAUGAAGGCUCUCCAGAGUAAACUGGCGCGAGAGCAUGUGCAACAUUAUACUGCUAUCGCCAACCAGGCCGGGAUGGCCCCUCGGACCCAGGACCCUAACACGCCGAGUGGGGAGAUGUCCGCCUACGACCUUGAGGUAUCGACCGCACUCAUGCUCAAGGCCAUCCAGGUCGUUGCGCUGCGAAUGGAGGUCUUGGGCGACAACCGGCGCCCGUUCCUGAGCGUUCUGGCGACGCUUGUCGAGAAGUCAAUGCACAUCCCGCUCUGCGAGGAGAUCCUCAACAUGGUGGAAGGAUGGGUUUUCCGGUCUGAAGGCACAUGGCCCACUCUCAAGGAGAAGACAGCGGUCCUUCACAAGAUGCUCUCCUUUGAACACCGGCAAGAUUCGACGAUGCUGACCAAGUUCCUGGAGCUGGUCAUCCGUAUCUACGAGGACCCCAAGAUCACUCGGACGGAGUUGACCGUGCGUAUGGAGCAUGCGUUCCUGAUCGGCACACGCGCUCAGGACGUUGACAUGCGCAACCGCUUCAUGGCCAUUUUUGACAAGAGUCUUUCAAAGACCGCCAGCGCUCGUCUUGCCUAUGUACUCACUUCCCAGAAUUGGGACACGCUGGCUGACAGCUAUUGGCUCGCUCAAGCUUCGCAGCUUCUCCUCGGCGCGGUUGAGCUGAACAACCCUAUCCAGUUACACUACGAGGACUUCAAGACUCUGCCGAUCACUCAACUCUUCUCUAUCCACGCCAAGGACAACAGAGAGCCUGCCAACAUGGCGGACGACAAGUUUGACGCCUUGAUGAGCGCCCAUCGACGCUUCAUGAGCGAGCUCGGCGAGGUCAAGGUACGAGACCUCAUCGAGCCUCUGGUCCAGCUCCAGCACGUCGACUCGACGUUGGCGCAUCAGCUCUGGGUUGCCCUGUUCCCCAUUUACUGGUCCGCGACGAUGAAGGAGGAGCGUCACGAUCUGGAGCGAGGCAUGGUUGCGCUCUUGACCAAGGACUAUCACAGCCGCCAGAUUGACAAGCGACCGAAUGUGGUUCAGUCCCUGCUCGAGGGUGCGGCCAAGGCUUGGCCUGAAUGCAAGAUCCCGCCGCACGUUCUCAAGUACGAGGCCAAGACGUACGACGCCUGGUACACCGCGCUCGUACAGCUUGAGAACGCGGCCAUCAAGCCAGAGAUCGAGUCGGCAAUCGUUCGUGAAAGCAACCUCGACGCGCUCGUGGAGCUGUAUGCUUCUCUCCAGGAAGACGAUCUCUUCUACGGCACAUGGCGCCGACGAUGCCAGUUUGUGGAGACGAACGCCGCUUUGUCCUACGAGCAGAAUGGCAUGUGGGACAAGGCGCAGAAGAUGUACGAGGCCGCUCAGAUAAAAGCUAGAACCGGCGUCAUCCCCUUUUCCCAAGCCGAAUACGUCCUCUGGGAAGACCACUGGGUUUUGUGUGCGCAGAAGCUGCAGCAGUGGGAGAUCCUGCAAGAUUUUGCUAAGCACGAGAAUUUCCAGGACUUGCUCCUCGAGUGUGCGUGGAGAAACAACACCGAGAUGUGGCAGACGCAGGAGCACCGCGAGGCCUUGGACAACCUCAUCAAGGGUGUUAUGGACGCCCCGACACCCCGCCGUGCCUUCUUCCAAGCUUUCAUGUCGCUUCUCAAGUUUUACAACAAGCAGGAAACGCCGCAGGACUUUGCCAAGGCUUGCGACGAGGCCAUCCAACUGUCGAUUAGGAAGUGGCACCAGUUGCCCAAGCGGUUGACCAAGGCACACAUCCCUCUGCUUCAGAAUUUCCAGCAACUGGUCGAGCUCCACGACGCGAGUGUUAUCUGCAACAGUCUGGCCAGCACCAACCAGGGCAACCUGGAUGUCAAAUCUGGAGAACUGAAGCUUCUGCUCGGAGCUUGGCGCGACCGUCUGCCCAACGUCUGGGACGACAUCACCGCCUGGCAGGACCUGGUCACCUGGCGUCAGCACAUCUUCGGCCUCAUCAAUCAGACGUACCUCCAGCUGCUUCCCCAAGGAGGUGGGCAGAACGCCAGCGGCGCCUCAUUCGCCUACCGCGGGUACCACGAGACUGCCUGGAUCAUCAACCGCUUCGCACAUGUCGCCCGUAAGCACAGCCUUCCAGAGGUUUGCAUUACGCAGCUGAGCAGGAUCUACACCCUGCCCAACAUCGAGAUUCAGGAAGCCUUCCUCAAGUUGCGGGAGCAGGCCAAGUGUCACUACGAGAACCCCGAGGAGCUCACGAGCGGAUUAGACGUGAUCAACAACACGAACCUCAACUACUUCAAUCCGCCUCAGAAGGCCGAGUUCUACACCCUCAAGGGCAUGUUUCUCGAGAAGCUCAAGCAGAAGGAAGAAGCCGAUUCGGCCUACGGCACAGCCUUGUACUUCGACAUCACGGCGGCCAAGGCCUGGGCCGAGUGGGGCUACUUCAACGAGCGCAAGUACAAGGAGGACCCGUCAGAUAUCAACUCGGCCCGCCAGGCGCUUACGUCGUAUCUGCAAGCGGCGGGCAGCUACAAGAACGCCAAAUCACGCAAGCUCAUUGCCCGCAUCUUGUGGCUGCUCAGCCUGGACGAUGCCAACGGUUCCAUCGCUGCUGGCUUUGACGACUUCAAGGGCGAGACUCCUGUCUGGUACUGGAUCACCUACAUUCCCCAGCUCAUCACCGGCCUGGGCCACAAGGAGGCACCAAGGGUCCACCAGAUCCUGAUUAAGAUCGCCAGGUCGUAUCCCCAAGCCCUGUAUUUCCAGCUCCGUACCAACAGGGAGGACAUGCUGGUCAUCAAGAAGAACCAGGAAGCCAAGGAGAAGGCGCGCCAGCGCGCUCAAUCUACCGUGUCCAACGGCAAGCCUAGCGCAUCACCCCAACAACCAAAGCAGGACGGCAUCGCCAAGCCGGAUGCCUCCGGCUCGAGACCUGGCACCGCCAGUGGUGGUGACGCAAACGCCCCCGUCAAGACUGAAGGCAACGACGCGAACGGCACUCCCGCUCCUCAGGCGAAUGGUACCGGAGACCAGUCGGGUGCCGGUCAGAAGAAGCCGCCAUGGGAGCUUACCGAGGAGAUUAUGAGCGCCCUCAAGACGGCUUUCCCUCUCCUCGCGUUGUCAAUGGAGACCAUGGUGGACCAGAUCCAGAAGCAUUUCAAGUGCCCGCCCGACGAGGACGCGUACCGUCUUAUCGUUGCUCUCCUCAACGACGCGCUGGCGUACGUCAGCCGCAUGCCUUCCUCCUUUGCCAAGGACGUCAAGCUUCCCUCGGCCACCGAGACCAACAUCACUCGCUUCGCCGAGACGAUCCUUCCUGCUCAUAUCAAGAAGUCGUUCGAGGCCGAUUUCGUCGAUGUCAAGCCCACGAUGUACGAGUACAUCCACAAGCUGAGGCGCUGGCGCAACAAGUUCGAGGAGAAGCUCGAUCGCCGUACGACGCGGGUUUCUCUCGAGGCCUUCUCGCCUCACCUCUCGGAAUUCCGCUACCAGCGAUUCGAUGACGUCGAGGUCCCCGGCCAAUACCUGCAGCACAAGGACAAGAACCAAGACUUCAUCCGCAUCGAGCGCUUCUUGCCCAACGUUGACCUGGUGAGGUCGAUCAGCGCCUCGUAUCGUCGUCUCCAGAUGCGCGGCCACGACGGAAGCAUCCACUCGUGGGCUGUACAGCACCCUGCUGCGAGACACUGCCGCCGCGAGGAGCGCAUCUUGCAGCUGUUCAGACAACUGAACCAGACCCUGAGCAGAAGGAAGGAGAGCCGUCGCCGAGAUCUCCAGUUCACUCUGCCCCUGAUGGUUCCUCUGGCACCCCACAUCCGUAUCGUGCAGGAAGACACUUCGUACAUCACCCUCCAGAGCGUGUAUGAGGACCACUGCCGCCGUCACGGCAUGUCCAAGGACGACCCUGUAUUGUUCACCAUGGAGAAGUUGCGCGGCGUUCUCGACACCAAGAACUCGGUAAGUACUGCAGUGACAGAGCAAUUAACAGAGCCUAACGAUGCGCCACAGAAGCACGCUGAGCAAACCGCGACCGCUCGGCUCGAAGUGUUCCACGCCAUCCAGGAGAAAUGGGUACCGCAGAACCUGGCGCUGGAAUACUUCCAGCGGGCUUUCCCCGACUUUACCGAGUUCUGGCUGUUCCGCCGACAGUUCUCGUACCAGCUGGCGUCGCUCACCUUCAUGACGUACAUCCUCUACAUGCACAACCGGUACCCGCAGAAGAUCAACAUCGCCCGCGGAUCCGGCAACAUUUGGGGAUCGGAGCUCAUGGCGUACAUGAGCGCCGCGAAACCCUUCUUCCAUAACCCGGAGCCAGUGCCGUUCCGACUUACGCCCAACCUCCAGACCCUGAUGGGGCCGUUGGCGACGGAAGGUAUCUUUAGCUGCGCCCUCAUGGCCAUCGCGCGAUGCCUCACGGAGCCCGAGUACGAGCUUGAGCACGCCCUUACGCUCUUUGUGCGCGACGAAAUGAUCUUCUGGUUCACGAGCUCUCACAGGACCGUGCAGAUGACGGAGAACCAGCUCCGCGAGUCGGUGCAGGUCAAUAGCGAUUCGGUCGUCAAGCGCGCCGUCAGCUUGGCACAGAGCCCCGUGGGCAACUUGCCGGCCAACCAGACGGUUAUUGACCUGAUUGCAAAGGCUGUAAACCCCAUGAACUUGGCCCAGUGUGAUGCGCUCUGGAUGCCAUACUUGUAA